UUUUUUAGCGGGGAUUGGCGUUUAUUUAAUGGUAAUGAAAUGGGUACUUUGUUAACUUGGUGGAUUUGGACUCAAUGGAAACAGAGAAAUUUAAAUAUUCCAGCUGAGGAUGUUUAUAUUCUAAAUAGCGCAGUUUCUUCUCAAAUAGUUGCUACAAUGGCUAAAAUUGAAGGCUUCAAAAACGACGUUUCUUUAACUGGUUUUAAAUGGAUCGGCAAUUUGGCGCAUGAAAUUCGUAAGAAAGGAAAAUUGGUUAUUCUUGCCUGGGAAGAAUCUAUAGGUUUUAAUUUUAUUUUUUAA